AUGAUUCAUGUGGCGAGGAUGCUGCUCCUCAGCAGCUCCCACAUGGCCGGCGAAGUCCUUGACAUCUUGGACAAGUGCAUAAAGCCAGCAGGAGAGUCAGAUGUUAGUCAAGCUCUUUCUGUACAGCGUGGGUUUUACCAUCGUUGCAGGGCAUUUUAUAGACUAUUUCCCUUCACUGUGUACCUUGGAGCUGUGGUAUUCAAGCUGGGAGAAAUCUUCUCUCUCAUCUGCUGCGAGUUCGAUAGCGCUGACAACAUUGCAGCCCUGAAUGACUUGGAUGAAACCCAGGGAGCUGAAGGUGUAGGCCCUGGGGGAACAAAGACUGUUGGGGCAGGGCAGCUGCAGUCCAGCUGGAAGUAUGGCGGUGAUGAUGACUGUUCUCGUGUUACUUCUGGCUCUGCAGGAGCGCCUGGAGGAAACAGUAAUAGUAGCUCCAGGGACAAUACCUCCGAUCAUGAGCAGUCCUCAGGCUCUCAUGAUUUACUCCAUGAGAUUCAAGAGCUCUGGGAAAAACAAGGUCAACUUGAGGAAGGCCUUGAAAUCUUAAAAGCCUUUUACCAGCGAGAUUACAUAGUGAUUGUGAAGGCCCUAGAAGAGGAAGUAUGCAGAUGUGAACUUUUAGAAGAGCAGCUCAAUGACUUGACAGAACUGCACCAGAACGAAAUUUUGAACUUAAAAGAGGACCUAGCCAGCAUGGAGGAGAAAACUGCUUUCCAGUCUUAUGAAAGAGCAACAAAUGUUCAUGAGGCGCUGGAGGCAUGUCAGACACGCAUCUCCAAGAUGGAGCUGCAGCAGCAACAGCAGGUGGAGCAGCUGGAUGGUUUGGUUAAGACCACAGCAUGGACCCUUCUUGGAAAACUGAUCAGUGUGCUGCUAGCUGUUACAUCAGUACUUUUGGUGUUUGUGUCCACUGUGACCAACUGUGUCGUCCCCUUAAUGAAAACAUUCAGCCGCAUGCUUUCUACGCUGCUUUUUGUACUCCUCUUCUCCUUUCUCUGGAGGCACUGGGAUACUAUUUCAGAGUAUCAUCACCACCUUUCUUGCAUUAAGCAUCCUGAGAAGAGAGACAAUCAAAGUUGACUGAGGCAUCAUUUUGGCAUCUUUAUCAGAAAUCCUGUGGCCCAAAGAGAUAAGAGAUGGGAUAGUAACAAGCAAAGAAGUCAAAUUUAAACUUAAUACCCUUUUGAAGUUUUUAAAAGUCUAUUUUUAUUUACAGAACAUGAAUC